AAUCUAUCAAAAUGACGUCCGCGCCCUCCAUACAGCCGAAAUUUCUCCCAAACCGACAUGAUUUGGGCAUAGUCGCAGUCGGCUUCAAUGGCGGCCAGCCAAAAGGUGGCGUAGAAGCUGCACCGACGGCAUUGAUUGAGGCUGGUCUUAUCAAGCAAUUGGAAGAAGAUCUGGAGUUCAACGUUUCAUACGAUGGCCAGGUGCAUAGCUACUCAGAAUUGGUGCCAGCAGACGACCCUGAUUAUCGGGGAAUGAAGCGCCCAAAACUCGUCAGCGCCGUCACCAGGCAAGUCAGCGAACAAGUGUACAGCCAUGCAAAGACCGGAAAGCUAGUUCUCACGCUCGGCGGCGAUCACUCGAUUGCGAUGGGUACCAUAUCCGGCACUGCAAGAGCUGUUCGCGAGAGAUUGGGAAAGGAAGUCGCCGUUAUUUGGGUCGAUGCGCACGCUGAUAUCAAUACGCCUGAGACGUCUGACAGCGGGAACAUCCACGGCAUGCCUGUUGCGUUCCUGACUGGACUGGCAACUGACGAGCGGGAGGACGUAUUCGGGUGGAUCAAGGAGCAUCACCGUCUCAACACGAAGAAGCUCGUCUACAUUGGUCUGCGUGACAUCGACAGGGGCGAGAAGAAGAUCCUGAAGGAACAUGGCAUCAAGGCAUUCUCCAUGCACGACAUUGACAGGCACGGUAUCGGCAAAGUCAUGGAUAUGGCGCUGGGCUGGAUCGGCAGCGACACUCCUAUUCAUCUUUCUUUCGAUGUUGACGCCAUAGAUCCCAUGUGGGCGCCCAGCACCGGAACGCCGGUACGAGGUGGUUUGACACUGCGCGAGGGAGACUUCAUUGCCGAGUGCGUUGCGGAGACUGGUUCUCUGAUUGCUCUUGAUCUCGUCGAAGUAAAUCCCAGCCUUGACGCCGAGGGCGCAGGUGACACCGUUCGUGCUGGAUGCUCCAUUGUUCGCUGUGCCUUGGGAGACACACUUUUGUAAACUGUAUGAAGCAUGUUCGAGAAACGGUAUAGAUCAGGUCUGGAGUCACAAGAUGGUUCUGUGGUAGAUUUCUAGCGAUAGCAAUGCAGAGUAAUCAGACAUGAAGAUCGCCAUGGCCACCUGCUUCUCGCGAAAAGUAAUCGGAGAUUACUUUUCGGCGACGCGGUGAAGUACACUGCAAGAC